AAUACAAAUUUUGAAUUCAGCUUGGUCCAACGACUGCAACGUAUUUCGUGAUAAUUUUCAAAUAUUGACGAUUUUUUGUAUGAUUACGAAGAAAAAAUAGUAUAUUUGUGAUAACAUAAAUAAUUUGUUUGUGUAACAGUUUAUGUGUGCGGUGUCAAUAUGACGUCGGAGAAAGGAUGUCGGAAAGAAAAGAAUCAAAAUAUCCAAGUGUUUGUUCGUUUGAGACCGCUCAACCAACGGGAACGAGACCUCAAAUCUUUGGGGGUAGUUGAAGUGCACAAUAACAAGGAGGUUGUUGUGAGGAUCUCACAGCAGAACAGCAUUACCAAGAAGUUCACCUUUGACAGAGCAUUCGCUCCUUAUGCUAACCAGGUGGAAGUUUACCAAGAGGUGGUCAGCCCACUCAUUGAAGAAGUGCUGGCUGGCUACAAUUGCACUGUCUUUGCUUACGGUCAGACAGGCACUGGCAAGACCCACACAAUGGUCGGAGAAAAUACUGGUGAUGAAACUACUUGGCAAAAGGAUCCAUUAGCCGGUAUAAUACCACGUGCGCUGAGCCAACUUUUUGAUGAGCUUCGUAUUUCUAACACCGAGUACACGGUCCGUGUGUCUUACUUGGAACUAUAUAAUGAAGAGCUCUUUGACUUGCUGGCAACAUCUGAAGACAAUUCCAAGCUCAGGAUUUAUGAAGAUGUCACUAGGAAAGGAUCUAAUAUUGUAAAUGGGCUAGAAGAGAUAACUGUCUACAACAAAAAGGAAGUGUUCAGAAUUAUGGCCCAAGGACAGGAAAGGAAGAAAGUGGCUUCGACACUCAUGAACGCACAGUCCAGUCGCUCCCACACCGUCUUCACGAUCGUAGUCCACAUGAAAGAAAACAGUCCUGAGGGCGAGGAGCUGGUGAAGAUAGGCAAGCUAAACCUGGUGGAUCUCGCUGGCUCAGAGAACAUCAGCAAAGCUGGUUCUGACAACCCAGCCAAGCGGGAGAGGGCCCGGGAGUGUGUGAACAUCAAUCAGUCUCUGCUAACUCUUGGGAGGGUCAUCACUGCACUUGUGGAAAGGCAUCCUCAUGUUCCUUAUAGAGAAUCAAAACUAACCAGGAUCCUGCAAGAAUCCCUCGGUGGUAGAACCAAAACUUCAAUUAUUGCUACAAUCUCACCUGGACAUAAGGACCUGGAAGAGACCAUGAGCACUCUUGAGUAUGCUCACAGAGCAAAGAACAUUCAGAACAAGCCUGAGAUCAACCAGAAAAUGACAAAGAAAGCUAUAUUGAAAGAAUAUGCUGAAGAAAUUGACAGAUUGAAGAGGGAUCUGCAAGCUGCAAGGGAUAAAAAUGGAGUAUAUCUAGCGAAUGAAACCUUCGCCGAGAUAACAUUGAAACAGGAAGAACAAAGAAAAGAAAUACAAGAACUCUUACUAAAGAAGAGAGCGAUGGAAGAGGAAAGAGAUAAGAUGGAGAAUGUCUUUAGUAACUUGAGUCGACAGUUGGAGUGCAGGGAUGCCGAGCUCAAUGAAACAAAGAAUAAAUUGAACAAAACAAAUGCGAGAUUAGCAGACACCUGUAAUGUUCUGAAGACAACAAAACAACAAUUUGAAGAGCAACAGUAUUUAGUUCUGAAACAUCGUGAUACAGAACAAACUCUCACUCAACAAGCGAAUCAGUUGCUGGCCACAGUAGACGUCGCCACCACACAUGUCGCUUGCUUGCAUGAUAGUGUUGAAAAGAGGAGGCAAUUAGAAAAUGUUAAUUUAGAAGUGACUAAAACUUACGUUGAACAAUCCUCACAACACCGGGAGCACCUCACCGCUGGCAUUGGGCAUUACGUAGAGAACAUCACUGCGGCACUGAAAUCCCUCGAUGAUGCUAUGAAUGACUAUACAGACAAUAACACUCGCACACAAGAAGAAAGCAAACUUAAAUUGGAAGAGUUAAUUGGAAUGAUGGAGACAACUAUCAAUGAGAUAAGAUCCCUAGCAUUGGACACACAGACCUCAUUGGUUACAACAACAGAACAACAUCGAAACGAAGCUCGGUCGAUGGUAAGCGACCACAAGAUGGCAAUCUGUGCUGUUGGAGAUUCAUUAGUGGAGAGUGCUAACGAUACCUUAGUCGCGGCCACCAACGUGGACCUCAGAGGACACAUCGCUAGAUUUGUCGAGCAGUGGUACAGGGGAGCGGCGGAGCGCGUGACGUCACUGCAGCGUGCGCACGCAGCGUUCGACACGCGCGGGCGGGACGCGCGGCUGGCACGCGGCGUGCUGCACGCGGCCCGGCGGGACGGCGCGCGGGAGCAGGCGGCGCGCGCGCGUCUCGCGGUGCAAGCGUGUCUACAGGAAUUUCAACAAGAAAAAUCUUACAUUGAACAAAGACUAGAGAAACAAUUAACUGAAAUCCAGAAGGAAAGGGAGGAGACGGACCUGCGCCUCAGCGCCUGGAUGGACGAGGAGAGAAGACUACUAGAAGAGAGACUAGCUCGACACGUUGAGAGCGAGAAGAAAGCCUUAGAAUGUAAAUUAGAAGUCAAAAUGCAAGAGGUAAAAGGCGAGAAGGCGUUAUUAGAAGAGAGGAUGUCCCGUUACAUCGAGCUACAGAACGCCCAGCUCCAAGUGACCUCGGAGGCUCUGGAGCAAGCAGAGGAACACGCCUCGUGCUGCGAGAACCAAAUAGCUGAGGAUGAAAAUAGUUUCAAGAGUUACGGGAAGGAAUUUGAAGAAGGAGUUAGUGCAGUCGGCACGGAGAUGGAAGCUUUUAGUAAAAACGUUGUGGAAGUCGUCGAGCACAUCAACAACGAACUCGUGGCUGCGGUGCAGCGGGCCUCCUCGCGUGUGCAGCAAGACUUAAAGAAAGUUAUGACCAUUGACGAUGAAACCUGCAAAAGGUUUACGGAUCAAACCAAUUCAGUGCUGGAUCAUCUGCUCGCCGAGAACGCAAGGACCGUGGACAGUGUAACGCAAAACAUCCAGAGCAACACGACAACGACAAUUGAGAACAUUCGCCAUCUCGCUUCGACCUUAGACUUCCUGGUCAGUCUGUCUCGUUCGCUCCGCGCAGACCACUCCGCCAGAGUGCAGGAUAUGGAGCAAGAGGCCUUCAGUCUGGAGGGACAAGUGAGGGACGCUGUGGAGCGACACGAGGAUCUGGAGAGGCAGUGUCUCGCGCAGAGCUACAGGGUGUACUCACCUACAGGGCGCACGCCGGCGCGCUGCCAGUACCGCUACCCGCGCGCGCUCGCCGCCACCUCGCCGCACGCGCGCCUGCUGCAGCGGCUGCGGGACAACAGCGGACCCGCGCGCGCCUCGCCGGAUUACAGCGGACACGAUGACUGUGUGGUGGUGGAAGAUGUCGACGAGGCUGAGCUGACGGACUUCACUCCUCCCGCCAAACACAACCUGAACAUACUCAAGAGCACGUCGGAGACCGACAUCUACCACAUGCGGAAGCUCGAGCACCAGGGCAAGGAGAACUGCGAGCGGGGACCCGUCUCGUCCAUGAAGAAGCCGUCGCGUCUGCCGGCGCCCGCCGCGCGACCCCUCGCCGAGCGCAACGGGCUCGCGCACUGACCGCCGCCCCACCGCCAGCCGACCGCCGACUGCGAGCCGACUGCCCACCGCCGACCACGAGCCGACCGGCGACUGCGAGCCGAGCACGAGCCGACCGCCGACCGCCGACCGACCGCGAGCCGACCGCCCUCCACCUCCGACCCGCACCAAGCGCAUGAUUAAACCCUCAAAGUCGUUAAUAAUGUCCACGGUUAAAAAAUUUAGAAAAAACUACAAUUACCGUAGAUUAGGUGGAAUCGGGACCGUUUCCAAAUUCAACACAAAUAUCCAAUGGUUUUCUUAGGUAAUACUAAUAAAAUUGAGAUUAAAAUGGCUCCGGAGGCUUAAAUUUUUAUAUACGAUGCGUUAUUAUACAUAGUUCAUUACAAAAUAUACACAAAAACUGAAAAAACUAGAUUGACCUGAUUCACCUUAGCUUUGGGGUGAUUCGGGCUACGUAUGGGGACAAUAGGGUUUUUCGUUAGGGCUGGCACUAUUUAGUUGUUAGGUAGGUACCUAAAUUUAGGUAAUUAGCUUUUUAAAAUCUUUAAUUAGUUACAAAACUUUGAUGACUAAAUUAAACUAUUUAAUAUUCUUAAACAUUAAAUAAAAGUCAUUUCCAGUUCAACAAAGUUAAAUCUCUAACAACCCAACAAAAGUAUUGUGACAUUCCAGAUUUGUCACUAUUCUAACUCUAGGUAGUUUUCCAAUGACAGCGCAUUAUUUUAUUAAUGCGGCAUAAUGCUCAACGUUGAAUGUUCCAACUACAGCAACUCGAAGCACAAUCGAGCACUCUCAAAAGUACUGCUCUCGCGUGAUACUCGCAAUCGAUACCGACUCAGUGACAGAAAAUUGACAAGUGUUUUUUCUUUAAGUUGGCAUUGAUCGAAAUUUUGUUUAUAUUAUCGUUAGUAAUAUUAUUUAAUGUUGAAAAAAAUUGUAAGGCUUUCGUUUUGUCGUAGUUUCUUAGAAAUAAUCAAUGUUAAUUAAAACUGUGCUAAGUUAGCGCACUCUGCUGAUGCAUUUGAAAACUAAUUCACGUUCCGAUUAAGCUUCAGCAUAAUUCGGCAUUGUGCGUCACUGAGUCGCAUUAUGCUCUGUAAUUGGAAAACUACCCUAGUCUCUAUUCCCCCCAAUCUACUGUAUUUAGUUUAAUGGUAUCUAAUUAAAUUAAUCACUCAUGAAAAUGAAAUUACAAGCUGACUGAAAAUUAAAGUGUUAUUAUUAUUCAUUGUGCAAUUAUUAUUUUUAAUUUGUAUCUGGCUAACCUAAAUGCUGGCUUGUAUGUUAUAAAAAGGAAAUCUCCAUCUGUCUACUCUCUGUCUCUUGUUUGACUUUGCUCUCGGAUAUACCAGAUACAUUAUUGACUUCAGUUUUCACGGACAGUUCAUCAGAUAAUAGUUAAGACUAAUUGUACGGUUUAAUCUAGCAUUGCUUACUGUCAUUUAUCCAACAUUAUAAACGCUCUACAACAGUCGUGGUCGCGAAUGACAGUAAUAUAAAUAAUUAUUAUAUUUAAAUCGCAAAUUAAUUUUAAUUAAAUCGGAUAUAUCUUUAUUAAGCGGAUGUCCCCUGGCCAAAUGAAAGUACGCCUCGACAGGGGACCGGUGCGCGACGAAAUAUAGAUAGAGAUGACUUAUUAUUUGUCUAUUUUAGAUGUAUUUUAUAUAGUAUUAUAUUAUAGUAAAAUUCUAAAAAACUACUAACAUUUAAUAGGUUAAAGCUUUCUUCUUCUACUCACAAUCUUUGUAGUGGGAUACGAAGUUAUAUAAAGCUUCAGUGUGAGCUUUCAGUCCUCGUUUCUAGAGUUAAAGUUAUAAUAAUUUCAAAAACUAUUAACUAUUUUGUUUUCAUUACCUUAGUUUAGUAGACGAGCUCUCGGCUUACCUGAUUCUAAGUGGUUCCAGGGUUGCACACCAUGUUGUAUUGUAAUGAUGCUAUAUUGCUAUCUGACUGAGACAUAUCACGCUACGCGGUAGAAAUAGGCAAAUUGUACCGCCCUGAUGAGGCUCGCGACGUGCGCCGGCCGCAGUAUUAUCCUAUUUCUGCCGCGCAGCCAGGCUGUGCUCUGGAUCCAAAGUCUUGACGUUGUCUGUGGGCUCCGGCAGUCGCUUAAUACUAGGGGAGGCCGUGAGCUAGUCCGCCUCGUCACAAAGACUAUAUAUUUCAAGAACAUUAUCAUCUAAAGUAUUCCGUAAAGGAGUGGUUGGGAGGAUACUUCAAAUGUUAAUGUGAAAAUGUUAUAAGGUCCCUCUGAACUCUACGUUUGUACGCGAAGAUGUGAAGAGUCUGCGAUAAAAUUAGUUUAAAAUAAUUAUUGAGUAGAGCAGAGCGCAUUUCAUAUAUUAUAGAUGUUUGUGUGUUGUAUGUAACGAGUGUAUGUACUUUGUUAGUAUUUAAAUAAACUAUAUUAAGGAUUUUG